GGGUCGAGACAGGGCGGGGAAGGCAGAAGUGCAGCGGGAGCGAGCAGGGAGCUGCGCCACAAGGAAGGACAGGGACAGGGGCGAGAGCCGCGCCGCCGGGAUCCCGCAGCCCGCUCCCGCCAUGUCCCUGCUGGAGACGAUCCGGCUGUGGCAAGCAGGGGUGUGCGCUGCGGACAGGAAGGAGUGGGGCGCUGCCCUGGGUGCCUUCACGGCCGUGCAGAACCCCCCUGCCAAAAUCUGCUUUAACAUCGGCUGCAUCCAGCUCGUCCUGGGGGAGCUGGCGGAGGCGGAGCAGGCGUUCACCCGGAGCAUCGGCUGCGACAAGCACCUGGCUGUGGCUUAUUUCCAGCGGGGGACCGUGUUUUACCGGAGACAGAACCAUGGAAAGGCCCUUGAGGAUUUCAAAGAGGCGCUGGCCCAGCUGCGAGGCAACCAGCUCAUCGACUACAAGAUCCUGGGGCUACGCUACCGCCUCUUUGCCUGCGAGCAGAUCCUCUACAACAUUGCACUGGUGUAUGCCACAACAGAGAACUGGGAGAAGGCUGAGGAGCACCUGACCCUGGCCAUGAGCAUGAAGAGCGAGCCCCAGCACAACAAGAUAGACAGGGCAAUGGAAGCCAUCCUGAAGCAGAAGCUCUGUGAGCUGGUGGCCAUUCCUGCAGGGAAGCUGUUCAGGCCAAAUGAGAAGCAAGUGGCUCAGCUGGAGAAGAAGGACUACCUGGGAAAGGCAAUGGUGGUGGCCUCUGUGGUGGACAAGGAUGACUUCUCAGGAUUCGCUCCCCUACAGCCACAGGCCUCUGGUCCUCCACCCAGGCCCAAGACCCCAGAAAUCCUCAGGGCCCUCAGCGGGCAGCCACACCGUGUCAUGUACGAGUUCAUUCCCGAGACCGCUGAGGAGCUGCAGGUCCUGCCAGGAAACAUUGUCUUUGUCCUGAAGAAAGAGAAGGACAACUGGGCUACAGUGAUGUUCAAUGGCAAGAAAGGGAUUGUCCCCUGCAACUUCCUCGAGCCCGUGGAGCUCCAGAAUAAGCUGCAUAUCCAGGAAGACACCCCUGUGGAAGUGGAGAUCUCCGAGCCACCCACCUCCACCGUGCCGGAGAAGCCGCGGCGGCUGGCGCCAGACUACGUUCCUGCUACCGUGGUGCAGCCCAGAGACACGGCAAAGGAGGCUGAACCAACUGUCCUCAAGGUGCAUUACAAAUUCACAGUGGCCCUGAGAGUGGAUCGAGGCCUCUCCCACAGGGAGCUCCUGGAGCUGGUCUGCAGGAAGCUGGAGCUGCAGCCCGAGCACACGGAGCUGAGGUACAAGCCUGUGGAGGGCCAGGAGCUGGUGAUUCUGAGUGCAGAGAAUGUGGAGGCAGCCUGGAGCCAGAGCAAGGACAACUGCCUGACAGUCUGGUGCAAUGGCACAGAGGGAGAGGGGUUUGUACCAGACAGCAAACCAGAGGAGUCACUGCAGGAGACAGCACCUGGGGAGACGGGACCAAACCAUGUUGUAGCUCAGUACAGUUAUGAAGCCACCCAGCCUGAAGACCUGGAGUUUCAGGCAGGAGACAUGAUCCUUGUUUUAUCCAAAGUGAAUGAAGACUGGUUUGAAGGCCAGUGCAAGGGGAGGACUGGCAUCUUCCCAUCUGCAUUCGUUCAACAGCACAACACUGAACACCCAGAGAAGUGAUCUCAGCCUGAAGUUGUGGAGAGAAAUUAAGAAUUCAACUGUUGCCAUUAUGCAGUCUGCAUAUUAAUCCCUGCAUCUGAAAAUGAACUUUAAAUGUUACUGCUACUCGUAUUAAAAGCUUUCUAUUUUCUCUUA